UGCUUUCUCUAGUGGGCGGACGGUAGCGGUGACAGCGACGCUCCGAGUCUCCCGACAAACUGCCAAAAAGAAGACAAUUGAUUACUCGCCAAUCCUCCACUGUCAGUGUCAGAUUACUGAGUUGGGAAUCAGAGGUGGGACUGAUCUGAAGUCCUGAACUUCUUAUGAACUUGAUCCAAUCACCAUAAAACGCUUCGUCUUCAGACCCCAAUGAGCCAUGGCGGAGUUAGACUUGAGUCUAAGCGACGCUCUGGUGGACAGUGCUCCGCAGCAAGGUCCGGAAAGCCGGGUGGAGAGGGAUUUUGUGGCUCAAUUGGAGGCGGAGACCUUCGACGAUCAAAUCGGGGAGACCGUAGGCAAGACGGACUACAUCCCUUUGCUGGACAACGAUGAUGCCAGUGCAGGUACAGCAUUGGAAAAUGGAGACGAGAAAGCUCAGGGGGUGCAAAAGCCCGGUUGUAAAGUGACCACAGGGGGGCAGAUGUCAAUGUCGCUCCCAGAGCAUCGGGGAGAUGGGCAGCCACUUAAAGUUGAUCCGCAGCAGUUCUUGGCAGCAGACUUCUUAUCUGGUUUCUCCCAGCCUGCAGGCCCAGGUUUGAAUAUGGAAGGCGGCCCUGCAGCUUUUACCGCAGAGAAGCCUCCAAGUAUCGCGGAUCCUCUGCAACCCUCCGAGGCCCCAAAAGUGGCCCACAGCCCCAUGCAGCCUGAACCGCAAGCUCCUCGCAGCCCGCUGGAUCUGACAGCAGGUGCCUUAGGUGACUGCUGGCCAGACCCGAUUGCCUGCCUAUCAUCAGACCUCCCUUUCACCCCCAGUGUCACCUCUGUGAUCAGUCGUCAUGCUAACAAUCUCGCAAUGAUUCGCGAUGACACCCCUAAGACCUUGCCCAGCAGAGAAAGCCCAGCUUAUGCCGGAGGUGACGAAAGGGACGCGGACGAAUCGGACAGAAAACACAAGAAGAAGAAGAAAAGGAGACAGAAAGACGAGGGCUCUUCUGAACACUUGGAAAGCAAAGGUCACCUUGAAGCGCAUGGAGAAAGCGUUCCCUCAGCGGACUUGUUCUACCAAAGGCCUGAACCCAAACGAGAUAGCGGGGAUGGAUGGGAGGAGCAAAUUUGGAAAAGCGGAGGGCGAGGUAAGAAGGGCAAAAGCAGGAAGAAGAUUCCAGAAGAAUGGGAAGUGUCUCCGGAGUCUUUUGCCACUUCAUCCGCGGGGAAAAUCACCCAAGAAGCUAUGAAGGAUCUUGGAAGUUCACCUCUAGUAAGCAUGGACGUCUCCUUUGCUGACAUAAAUACCAGCCAGAGCCCUUGGAAAGAGGAGAGCUUUCCAGAAGAAGGCCUCAUCCCGUCGUCGUUCUCCCAUGAAGUAUUAGUUCCUGCAAGUCCACUCGUCUUGAACAGCGAGCUGAAAGCUACAGCAGCUCCGUUCACGAUGCCCUCCUCUACCGGCGCUGGGCCGGUUGACCCCUUCCCCGUGGCGGCGAGUCCCGGUGAUCCAUUCGAAAUGCUGAUCGAUACCGAAAACGUCAGCUCGGGCGACAUGGUCGAUAGUGGGAUGUUUGAAACGAGUUCCUUCCAAGAGCCUGUUCGGCAGAGCAUCCCCGAGGUCGACACUUCAGCUUUCAGCCCUUCGUCCCAGCCAGGCUCCGCCCUUUCGGCAAAGGGCGAGGUGUUUGCAUCGGCCCCGCCCCUUUCACCAUCCGACGCCUCGUGGCUCUUGAACAACUCGCACGCUAGCAGCAACAGUGAGCCGUUUGAUUUCGGCGACGUGAGCGCUUUGGGCUUGGUUUUCGACAGCCCUUCCCCAGCCCCACUCCGCUCCCCCAAAACCACAGCGCAGGAAGCCCAAACCAAAGAAGCGAAAAGCGAGCAGUCAGACAAGAAGCAAUCCAAGAAGUCUCGCUCUUCGUCUUCGUCCUCUGUGAAGAGUCCCACCAGCUCAGUGGCAAAAAAAAUACCUGCGCAAGACUCUCCAAGUGUUAGCCCCUCUUCCUCCCCGUCUAUGGUCUCACUCGGAACGCCAACAUCUGGCCUUAACCCUGCAGCGAAACCCUUCUUUCCCAGCUUUGCCGAUACCGUGGAACAACCGAACGUGGUUUCCCCCAUCAUCGAAGACAAUGUUCCCAAGUCGGACAAGAAGGAGGAGCAGCCCAAGGUGGACCUCAGAGAUGCAGCUGAGCAGAAGAGCGUAAAGGUUGACUUUUCAAUGAGUGAGACGGCAGACAAGUUGGAGAAAGAUUUAGGGACCGACAAACAAAAACAAUCUGAUUUGUGGAAAGAGCACGAAAAUGUUCAACAGAAGGAAAAAGCGACGGAAAAGCUUACAGAGGAAAAAGAUCUUCCUGCGAAAGAGAAAACCACUGUGAAAGUUACCGAGGAAAAAGAUUCUGAAAAAGUUGAGAAAGAGGCAGUGAAAGUGAAAGAGUCUGGAAAAGUGAAGGAGAAGCAAGCGGAAGAAAAAACAAAAGAGCCAGAGAAAGUAGAAUUAGUCCAACAGAAAAUAGAAAAAGUCCCCGCAGACAAACUGGUAAAGACAGAAACAUUUGACAGGGCAGAAAAAGACGAAAAGAUGGCCAUGACUGACCAAGUCGAGAAAAAAGCAGACCUUCCGGUCAAAAGUGUCGAGAGCAAAACCACCGAGAAGGCGGGAAUGACAGAGGUGAAGGACGGCAAAGAGCAACACGUCGAAUCCAAAGUGGGAAAAAAACCCGAGCAUCCGCCGACACCUGUCAAAUUUGACGCCUCUCCUGACAAGGCGGAAAAUAAGGCCGGCGUGGCAGCUGAUGUGGAAGAAGCCACAAAAGCUUCCACUCCCACGCACAAAACCGAGAAAGAGGAUGUCGUUGAGAAACUCUCGGAGAAGCCGGCGGAGGCAGCAAAGCAGAUAAGCGGCAAGGAGGAGAAGCAGGAGAAAAUACAGAGUGACAAAAAAGCGCUGGAGAAAAAGGAUGACAAGAAGGAGAAGGCUGUCAAGGCAGAUGGAGGAGAGAAGGCCAAAAAAGUCAAAUCUCCCACCAAUGGGAGCAGCAAAGACUUGCCGAGUGCAGACAAGAAGACUAAGCUUGCUGCCGGGGCAACAAAACCGAGCAGCAUCUCCAGAACACGACAAGUCCCAGCCGCUGCUGGUAGCGGUUCUGCUCCAGCACCUACUAAGCGCCCCACACCCACCUCAGUCACAUCCACCUUAGAUAAAAAAACAACAACCAGGGCCCCGGUGGCAGCCGCUGUCGGCCCAAAGCGGCCCUCUACAAACACUGCCAGCCGCCUUGCAUCCUCGGCCACAACCGCUACACGUGAUGUUAAACCCAAGGCGCCCGCAGAGAGGCGCCCCCCUGUGCCAAAGGCCAGCACUGCCAGCUCAAGUCAAGCCGGCUCCUCCAGCGCUACCAAAAAUGGAACCACCGCAACCAGUAAAACGACCACAUCGACACGCACAACAUCCCGCACGACGACCGGCGCGGCAACCAAAAAGCCCUUGGCCUCCAAGACAGACGGCCAACCGAGUGUGGAGAAGAAGCCCAGCACUCUCAGGACUUCCACAGCAGACUCCACCAAACCCAGGAGCAGCACCACCACAAUGCGCAGCUCCACUUCCACUACGACCACCACCGCCGCUCGCACCCGCACCGCAGCCCCCAAAACGUCCGCAGCCUCCAGCGCCGGCACAGAGAAAAAGCCCCUGGUCCCUCGUGCUCCCAGGACCACUUUCUCUGCGACAACCACGACAAGCACCACAAGGACCACGGCUCGCCCCGGAACGGCUCCCGCCCCCGAUAUCCACAAUGUCCGCUCAAAGAUCGGCUCUACGGACAACAUAAAACACCAGCCGGGGGGUGGGAAGGUGUCAGCUGCCUCUAAGGGCAGGGUCCCCGCCUCCAAAGAAAAAAGCCAGGUCAAAGUUCAGAUAGUCUCGCAAAAAUUGGACUUCAGUCACGUCGGCGCACGCUUGGGCUCCAAGGACAAUAUGAAGCAUGUUCCUGGUGGAGGGAAUGUGCAGAUUCUCAACAAGAAGGUCGAUUUGAGUAAGGUGACGUCAAAGUGCGGCUCCAAGGACAACAUCAAGCAUAAGCCCGGAGGUGGUGACGUGAAGAUUGAGUCGCACAAAAUCAACUUUAGGGAAAAAGCUCAGUCCAAAGUGGGUUCAUUGGACAAUGUGAGCAAUUCACCUGGUGGAGGAAGCGUCAAAGCUGAGGGACCCCAGGAGACAGGUGAGGGUGUCGGGACAGCAUCGCUUGGUCCAGAGUCUGGGCAGGUGGGGAGCCCUGCUGCCCAUGAGAAUGGGCUGAAGGAUGUGGCUCCUUGUGAGGGUCUCCAGGAAGCCCAGGCUUUGGUUUCCCACAUCCCAGAGACAAGCAUUUAAUUCUGCUGUCUCCUCUGCCCUCCUCAUCUCAUGGCCCUGCCCUUUUCUGUCCCCCUCGCGCCUCAUCCUCCUUUCUUUUUCUAACAUUUCUGCUGCAGAUUGAGUCUUUUAAGCUCAACUUCCGCGAGGUGGCUCGCUCUCGCACGGACCACGGCGCCGACAUCACCAACUGCUCCUCCUGAUGACAAGAGAACCCCAACACCGCACCCCCAAAUCUGUUCCUGUAGUGCACGCCACAAGCUACAUCCUUACAGUGUCCAAUAUGGCGUCUUUAUUUUAUUUUUUAUUUUUAGUUUGCCAACCAGACUUCCCCCUCCCCAACUUUACAUAUCCUCCUCAAUAAGCUCUCAUAUCUCCGCUUAAGUGUAACAAUAAUUCAUUCAUUUCCUCACCAUUUCAGUCUAGCUUAGCAACAUAAACGGGAUGACAAAAACACACGAAAAAAAACCAAACAUUUAGGCUGUUUAACUCUUUGUGAUAGUGUUUUGAAUGGCAACCCUAAAAAGUAGUUUAAUGGGGUCCUUUAUUGAUUACCUCUUACCUUUUUAAUUCUAACGUUUAUUUAUUUGUUAUUUGCCGUUUCUUGACAUUUAUUUUCAGAAAGUCCUGGGACAACUCACAUUAUUUAUCAUUCUAUACCAUGCUCAAAUUUUUAUUUGUAUUUUUUUUCCCCGCCCAAAAACGAAUUUGCCUUUUUUCUAAAAUAAAGAUACCACUAGAUGGCGCUAAAUUGUAAAUAUCUAUGGGAGAAACUAAGGCACAAAAUGAAGUUGGAGAGUUAUUGUAAAAGAUGUUAAGAGGAAAGUGAGCCAAGUAAUGCGGUUAGAUAGCAAGAUGCUUGCGUGUGUGGUUUCUCAAUGGAUUUUAGGGUCACAGUAGUUGGAGGGGAUUUAUUAAGGCCAUCCAGAGGGAGAUAAGGAAAGUGCUUGGAAGAAUAUGUGCCUCUUCCAUGACUAUUCAGUCAUCUCGGAAGGAACCGCUUGUCCAAACUGGCAGAAAUAGUGGCGUGUAAUUUAAUUUGAAACCAGGACUAAAUGGAUCAUAUGAUUCAGAAGCUUUUUUUUUUUUUUUUUUUAAUCCCAAAAGUGAGUGACAGGAAGGGGAGUUCGUUUCAAAUCAUUUUGGUUUUACAUUUUUGCUUCCAGGAUUAAAUCGAGCUAAUACAGGAGAUUUAUAACAAGUGGCGGCAUGUCUUGAGUAAGAAUACUUAUUAUCUGCAGUUUUAAAUAUAGCAUUCGAACAAUAUUCUGUCAUGUUAAGAGUUUAAUCUGCUUUGGGGUUGUUUUUUUGGGCCACCUGGAGGUAGAAGAACCUCUAAAAUGUUUUUUUCAAAGACGGAUGGCAAGUUAAUCAAACAGUGGAAAAGUAUAACUGUUAAAAAUACAACACAAUCCAGCAGUAAUUUGUUCAGAUUUGUUUUGUGCAAAAUGUUUGUUUCAUGCUUAAGUAGCAUUUUCAUUAUUUUAAUUGUGAAGUUAACCACUGUUGAUCAUGUUAAGUACCUAAUGUUUGCUCAAAUGGGAGUUUUUUUUUUUUUUUUUUGCUACAAAUGGGAACGCGUAGAAGUUCAGUUUCCGAUUGUCAUGUUUUUAUUCUGCCGUCACAAAAAAAAAGAGUAAAAGCAACAAAACUACAAAAAAAAUAUUUGGAUUGGCGCUGGUUUUGUGCAACUUGAGAGGCAUUACCAAAUGUUUUUUUUUUUUCAGUUGAAUUGUUUAAUUGUAGUCAAAAUACACAUUUUCCACAAGAAAUGUCAUUGGAAUUUUAAAGGGAAUUUACAAUCUGUACAGAUUUAUUCUUUUCAGUUCUACAAUUUGAUAACAAAAAUCUGAAAAUUCUGUACCAAAGGUGAAUUGAAUCCACUUUUAAACACUCCAGAAUUGUUUUUGAAAUUGUCGCUUUAAUGCACAAACACAAACAUUGCACCUUAAAUAGCAAACCAAAACAUAAUCCAACAAUAUCAUUCUCAAUAUGUUAUUUUCAUGAUGAUAUGCACAAUUCAUCAUUAAUUGUAAACAAAUACACACGCAUCAGGAUGUUUUUAAAGCAGUUUCAUUUCAUUUGAAUAAUUUGUGAGAAUUUUGCAUUUCUUGCCAUGUUAUAGCCUUGCCUGUACCCCUUUUUUUUCUUUUGUUUAUUUUGAUGGAUGUUUGUUUUUGCUUCUUGCUCCUUUGAGACUGCACACAGAUGUAUAUAGGUAUUUUAUUGCUGAUGCUCUCUCAGAAAAAAAAAAAAAGAAACGAACAACACCAACAGCAGGGGUUUAGCGGUCAACUCUUAGCUUGGUUUCGAAACGGGAAGGAUGCUUCAUCAUUAUCAUUUAACGAGUUAUCUGCCGAAAAUAACUGUUGUCAAAUGUUAGCCUUUUUCAUUUGAAAGGGGCCCUUGAAGUGAAACAAUGUCUUAGACAUAUUGAACUUUUUUUUUUUUUUUUUUUUAAUUUAUCAUUGUGUUCCUGUAGCCUCACAGAUGGUGUGCUCUCAUGUUUGAAAAUAUUCUCAAAACAAAUGUAGACCACGAAAAUAACAAUAGGGAUGGGCAUCUGUUAUUCAUGAAGUAUUGCUGACUCUCAAAGGGUUAACCCUUUAGCAACCAAUGUUUAGUUUACAUUUCUUUUGUGCAGUUCUAACCUGGAAAAAAAACGAUUGAGUUUUCGUUUGAUGUUUUUCUAAAACUAGCAUCGCCUACAAAAAAAAGCCCAUCCCUAUUGCGCAACAACCUGGUUGGGUUUAAAGGAUAACAUUAGAUUUGCAAGUUGAAAUUGUUCAUUGUUUCAAACAGACUGUUGCUGUGUAGGUUUGGCUUUUGUAACAAAGGCUGCUGUGUCAUCUUAGCGAAGAAGUGCUGUGGAGCUUCGUCUUCCACCCCGGCACUCAUAGUAAGCAAGUGUAAACCUAAUAGCUCCUUAAUAGCUGUCGUAAACCUGCAGAGCAUGCUGACAAAACAAUAGGAUAUGUUCAGUGGACGUACUUUGUCAUUGACAGAAUCUCCUUGUUUCUGUGUCGCUUUUUCUCUUUAUUUUAUUUUUUUUGGUUUGAAAAUAAAGUGUUCAUUGUGACUACCUGUUAAUUAGUGAUGUCACAAUUAAACAAUAAAUGAAAAAGUGAUUAAAAAUCUCA